GAUCUCUACAACAGUGGAAACUGUGGUCCAGAUAGUGCAGACAAAAGCUGUAACAGUGAGGAACAACGUAAUAAAUUCGCGGAAAGAAAAUGAAUUUCGAGAUCCCAGCUGGGUUGACAGAUUUGCUCCAAGAAUUCACAGUUGCAGUUUUGAGAGAAAAACCCCCAGAUUUGGUACAGUUUGCUGCCGACUAUUUCACAAAGCUGAAUGAAAGUAGUGGAGGAGUAUCUGGUGUUCCAAACAUGGAAAAGAAAGGUGUGUCAUUUGCUGGAAAUGGAAGUGAUGAAGCAAUGCAGACCGAUUCUGAUGACGAACCACCAAUGGAACCACCACCUAACAGAUUUGCACGGAGAAAAUCAGUAUCAGCAGAGAGAUAUGACCCAGAAGCAGAUGAAGACGAUUCAGAUGAAAAGGUGAUCUAUCCAAAGUCUGAUGAGCAGAGACAGAGGCUGAGUAAUGCUGUCAAGAACAUUCUGCUAUUUAGAAGUCUGGACUCAGAACAAAUGCAAGAAGUGAUAGACGCCAUGUUUGAGAGAAAGGUGACCCCAACAGAACAUGUGAUUGACCAGGGAGAUGAUGGCGACAAUUUCUAUGUUAUAGACAGUGGUAUGUAUGACAUUUUUGUUGAGAUCGACAACAAACCUAAAUGUGUUGGGUCUUACGACAAUCAGGGCAGUUUUGGGGAGCUAGCUCUUAUGUACAACAUGCCUCGUGCUGCCACUAUAGUAGCAACAACUGAGGGCAAUCUCUGGGCCAUGGAUCGUUCAACAUUUAGAAGAAUUGUACUGAAGAAUGCAUAUAACAAACGAAAGAUGUAUGAAAACCUACUAGAAAAUGUGCCAAUGCUCAAUAGUAUUAAUAGUUACGAAAGAAUGAACAUAGCAGAUGCCUUAUUCCCCAAGACCUUCAAAGAUGGUGAACAGGUUAUUAAGCAGGGAGAUGAAGCUUUCUGUAUGUACUUUGUAGAGGAAGGUGAAUGCAGAGUGACAGUUACACAGGGAGAAGACACAGAUGAGGUGGAAGUCACUCGGGUUCAAAAAGGUGGAUAUUUUGGAGAGUUAGCAUUGGUGACCCAUAAACCAAGAGCAGCUAGUGUAUAUGCUGUAGGGGGUACUAAGCUAGCAGUGUUAGAUGUUGAUGCUUUUGAAAGACUACUAGGACCAUGUAUGGAUAUAAUGAAACGAAAUGUAUCUAAUUAUGAAGAUCAAUUAGUUGAGAUUUUUGGAUCUAAAACAAAUCUCACUGAUAUGCGAUGAGGCAUUCCACCAAAAAAACAGUUUAGUUCAAUGACAAGUGACAGUGGUCCAAAGAUGGGCUUUACCAAAUUAACUUUUCAAUCAGAUAUAUUUGAAUUGGCUUCAUCUUGAUUUUAACAUUAAGUUAAGAUUAUGUUUCCUGAGAAAAAAGUUGUUGUCUUCUCAUAAGCAGCCUGGCCUGAUUUGUAGAAGUCUAUAGUAUAAAGCAAACCAACAUGACAAAGCAGAAUAAGUAUUACCACAUGAAUACAUUUAAACAAAACUGAUUUGAUGAUGAACGCUAUAGUUCUCAUUUUGCACAACUGAUUUUGUGAGAUUUUACUUCAAUUCAUAUACUGUUGGUGAACUAUUUUUUAUCUGAAUAUGUAUUUGUACAUGUGAAAUCUGGUCAUUUUGUACAUUAAGCUUUCUGUAAAUUGAUGUGGAAGAAGCACACUCAGCUAUGGUUAUUGUGUCAGAGUGUUAUGUUAUGGUCAUUGUGAGUUAUUAUCUGCACAAAAGGCAUUUUAAAACAUAUUGUACAAUUCAGACUCAUUGUGUACAGCUUCAAAUUCAUUGUGUAAAUGCUGAGGUUAUCUGUACAGUGUAUGUAAAGUUAUUAUGUACAACAUUUUUGUGUAUAAUGUUAAGCUCAUUGUGUACAAUACAAUGGUCAUACAUAGCUAUUUGUGUACAAUUGUCAUCAUAUUCAAUCAUUUAUUGUCCAAAUACUGAGCCCAUUGUGUACAAUAACUUUAUUGAGCACUAAGUUCAUGUAUUUAGUAACCAUUAUAGGAUCAGACCAUUCAUUUCAUACCGACAAGUUGACAAUAUCCUACGCACUCACUCGCACGUGGACUACAUUUGAUUGCUUUAAUGGCAUAGAACAAGUAUGAGGGUCAUUCAAAAAAUGCUGAUAAAAAUACUCCCAACUUCUUUGAAUGCUUCAAGCAAUUGUGGAAACAUACCAUUCUUGUAUGGAAAGAGGGAAUAAACAUCUCAGACGGCAAAUAAAGACUUAUCAAAGACAUAUUUAUAAAUUAUACCACCAUUGUUAUUUACCCCAGAUAAAAGACAUUGUUCUUCAGAAGUCAACUUAACUUUAAUCAAUUUUAAAAAUAAAUUAUAAGUACAGUAUGAAGAGGAACAUUUUGACUUGUGAAGUUUUUUCAAUAUGCUUUAUCUCAGAUGUUUUAUCAGUUCUUAUCCAAAGUUUAAGGUGAACAACUACUUUAUGAAAUUCUUUUAUUAUUUGUGUCUUCCAUUGUACAGUAUUUGUCCUGUGCUUUUAUGACUUGCUAAGUGUAAUUAAAUCUGAUAAUUCAUGUGUAUAUUAAUCACUGAUUU